AUUUGGUGUCAAUAAUAUAUUAGUAUUAUUAAAAGAAAAUGUUGAGGUGGAUGCGGGCGGGGCUGAGGCAGACGCUGACCCAGGAUUGAUCCGCCCCCCGGUGCCUCAGACCAUGGCACUCUAACCUCUCAUUUUUCACGUUAAUUAAGGACCUCCAAGAUGUUGGGUGGUCUCUUCAUAUAUAACCAUAAGGGGGAGGUGCUUAUAUCCCGUGUAUACCGAGAUGACAUUGGGCGUAAUGCAGUGGAUGCAUUCAGAGUGAAUGUGAUCCAUGCUCGGCAACAAGUUCGCUCCCCAGUCACUAAUAUUGCACGUACCAGUUUCUUUCACAUAAAGCGUGCCAACAUCUGGGUUGCUGCAGUAACCAAGCAAAAUGUUAAUGCCUCGCAGGUGUUUGAGUUCCUCCUCAAAAUGCUGGAGGUGAUGAGUAGCUACUUUGGCAAGAUAUCCGAGGAGAAUGUUAAAAACAACUUUGUACUCAUUUAUGAACUACUGGAUGAGAUACUUGACUUUGGGUAUCCUCAGAACACAGACACUGGUGUUCUUAAGACUUUCAUCACUCAACAAGGCAUUAAGACGGCCAGUAAGGAAGAGCAGUCACAGAUCACUUCUCAGGUAACUGGGCAGAUUGGAUGGCGGAGAGAAGGCAUCAAAUACCGACGGAAUGAACUCUUCCUUGAUGUUAUUGAAUAUGUAAAUUUGCUGAUGUCUCCUCAAGGUCAGGUGUUAUCAGCCCAUGUGGCUGGCAAAGUUGUGAUGAAAAGCUAUCUCUCUGGGAUGCCUGAGUGCAAGUUUGGCAUCAAUGACAAAAUUGUUAUGGAUGCCAAGAGAGAUGUGGCAGGUUCGUCGGACGAGUCGCAAAGGUCUGGAAAGACCAGCAUUGCCAUUGAUGACUGCCAGUUCCACCAGUGUGUGAAGCUGUCCAAAUUUGAAACUGAACAUUCCAUAUCAUUUGUACCCCCAGAUGGUGAAUUUGAACUUAUGAGGUAUCGCACUACAAAGGACAUUUCCUUGCCUUUCCGUGUCAUCCCGUUGGUACGUGAGGUUGGCCGUACCAAAAUGGAAGUGAAAGUUGUCAUUAAGAGUAAUUUCAAGCCCUCACUUUUGGCACAGAAGAUUGAGGUACGGAUCCCUACUCCACUUAAUACAUCGGGAGUCCAGCUUAUAUGCAUGAAGGGAAAGGCAAAGUACAAAGCCUCUGAAAAUGCUAUUGUGUGGAAGAUAAAGCGAAUGGGUGGAAUGAAGGAAUCUCAAAUCUCUGCUGAGAUAGAAUUGUUGCAAACAGACACCAAGAAGAAGUGGACCAGACCUCCAAUCUCGAUGAACUUUGAGGUGCCGUUUGCUCCAUCUGGGUUCAAGGUUCGCUACCUGAAAGUGUUCGAGUCGAAGCUUAACUACUCUGACCAUGACGUAAUCAAAUGGGUUCGUUACAUCGGCCGUUCGGGACUCUACGAGACCAGAUGCUAAUGUCCUGUAACUUGUUUCAUGUUGACUAUUACCUGUGGCAUAACAAUAUUCAUUUUUAGUGACUGGUAGGUAAAGCUAAAUGAAUUUAUAGAAUUUUCAAAUAUUGGCCUUAUUUUCUAGAAUAAAUAGAACAGUGAAUUUGUUUUUGAAUAAAUGGUGUAUGAAGAAUAUGGGAUGUUGUAGGGGACAGUGUAGGGUGAAAAAAAAAGAGCUCGGUUAGACAAUAGAAUGUUUGUGUGCGUGUUUAUAAUUAUAUAUAUAUACUGUAUAUAUAUAAUAGACUACACACAUGCAUAUACAUAAACUGUCACAUACAAAUAUAUACAUAUAUAAACACGCACACUACACAUUGACAUUAAUUUGCAAAGAAUAGUUAAAAAUGAAGAAUAUAUAUAUAUAUGCCUGAGAGCUUUCAUGUUCAUUGUAUUAUCAGAUCAGAUGCUUGCCGAUGUGUAUAUAUAUAUUCUUCAAUUUUUCAUUUUUUUUAGCAAUUGUAUAUGAUUAUAUUACUGUAUACAUAUAUAUAUAAUAUAAUAUAAUUAAUUAAUUAAUUUAGAUACAUACAUACACAAGAUAGACAUUUACAUGCAAAUUAGUUACUUAGGUGUAGGUGGUUGUUAAAUUAUUGAAAAGUGAAAGAUAUAAGCAACAUUCCCUAACCUGGAUACCAGCAGUAAUGCAGCUUGUGCAGGCAGCUCACCUAAUGCUUUAGCAAAUGAAGGGUGAUUUGUGGCUUGGUUUUGGUUCAUAGUCUAAUUGCUAGUGGGUCAAAAGACAUCAUUUGUGUUCAUGAAGGUAUGUUAGCUGUGGAAGUAAUUAGCAGACAUUUAAGGACUUUUGUUCAUUAGUUGCAAGUAUACAAUAUUUUGAGGUUAUUUAGUAAUUACAUUUUAUUUGAUGACCAGUAGGUGUAUUUCAAUUUUGCCAUACUAGCAGUCGGUGUUUUUGUAAGAUGAAUGACAUUCCUGUUCCUACGUAUAUUUUGUUUCAUGUAUGAUUUUCUCAUGUUAAGUUAUGCAGUGUUACUGCCAAAAUGUUAACAAACAUUUAUCUUCCAUUUUUGAUUCCCUGUUGAUUCCCUGUAAUGUUAAAACUAUUAGCUAGUAAAGGUUAUAGAGAUUACAGGUUGCCAGAAGUUAACAGCAAACCCCAAGGAAGGCUUUAGAAUCUGGAAUGCAUUUAUUCACAGAAUACAAACUUUUUGAGUUAAAUUAUAUAAUGUAUACUGCUUUAAAGCGGAUUGUGGUUACUCACCUCGGAAAAAUAUUGCUGGCAGUAUACUAAAAGUGCUUGUCGGGUUGAAAUCCACCUCUUUUAACCCAUGAAAUGAUGCAUGGACUUGAAGCUUACUUAUCCUUGGAAGUUAUUGCACCUAAGUUUAACUUAAUCACACAGUUGUUUAGCAUGGAGGAAGUCAUCAUUAAACUAAUUCAGCUUAGUGGAAUGAAAUGGAAAGUUUGGCUGCCUCUAACAAUUAUACUAGAUUCUUUGUUGGCCAGGCACUUAGCUUUUUCCUGUUUUUUUUUUCUAUGUUAAUAUUCUACAUCUCUCUUUUUUCCCUAAUGUAUGAGAAUACUUCAUUAGAUCAUGAUUGGCUGGUCAUUUUACACCAUUACCAUGUGUGAGUGAAAUGUUUGAAAGAGUUCAUCAUUGACUUAUUAAUACUGUAUUGAAAUUCUUUUAGUCUGAAUCUAACACUAUUGAGAAAAGAAGUUGCAUGGUUCUUGCCUGGUCAGCAUGAAUUUUGCAGUAUGUUGAGUUCCGACCGGCCGAUGUUGUGCACCCGUUUGAUGACGUCAUGGUUGCAAGUUUGUAAUGGCAAUUUAUUCUUAAGCUAUCCCAAUAUACAAGCAUGGGUUAGCAUUUUGCCUGACUCGGCUGAUAAUGUGAUGUUUUAUGACCUGUCUCAAGAUACUGCCACUGCUGGUGGUGUUGUAUAAAAACAAAUGUACUCCAUAAAUGUG